AUGACCCACCAAACACACUCAUACCAUAUAGUUAACCCAAGCCCAUGGCCCCUAACAGGAGCAUUAUCCGCCCUGCUUACAACAUCAGGUUUAGUAAUGUGAUUUCAUCACAACUCAUCAUUCCUCCUUACCCUAAGUAUGGCAACUAAUAUAUUAACUAUAUACCAAUGAUGACGAGAUGUAGUCCGAGAAGGUACAUUUCAAGGCCAUCAUACUCCUACUGUCCAAAAAGGCCUACGAUACGGAAUAAUUCUUUUUAUCACCUCAGAAAUUUUCUUCUUCGCAGGCUUCUUCUGAGCUUUCUAUCAUUCAAGCCUAGCACCAACCCCUGAACUAGGUGGAUGCUGGCCACCUACAGGUAUUACCCCUUUAAACCCCUUAGAAGUACCACUACUCAACACCUCAGUCUUACUAGCCUCUGGAGUCUCUAUUACCUGAGCCCAUCACAGCCUUAUAGAAGGAGACCGCAAACAUAUAAUCCAAGCCCUAUUUAUUACAAUCCUCCUAGGUUUGUAUUUUACCAUUUUACAAACCUCAGAAUACUACGAAGCCCCAUUCACAAUUUCUGAUGGGAUCUACGGCUCUACAUUCUUUAUAGCUACAGGGUUCCACGGCCUUCACGUCAUCAUCGGAUCUACCUUUCUCAUCGUAUGCUUCCUACGACAACUAAACUAUCACUUCACAUCUGACCACCACUUUGGAUUCGAAGCUGCUGCCUGAUACUGACACUUCGUAGAUGUAGUAUGACUAUUCCUAUAUGUAUCCAUCUAUUGAUGAGGAUCUU